AUGUACAUUCCACAGCCACGAAUUUGGGCUUUCUGUACUUGUUCGUUUUCUUUCUUUCUUUUUUCUUUCUUUCUUUCUUUCUUUCUUUCUUUCUUUCUCAUCUUCUUUGUCUUUCUUUUUUGUUCUUUUGAGUCAUUGUAUGUUUCUCUGGUUUUUCUUUCUUUCUUUCUUUCUUUCUUUCUUUCUUUCUUUCUUUCUUUCUUUCUAUUUUCAAGUCUUUCUGUGUUUCUCUCGCUUCUUUCUUUCUUUUCUGCUGACUUUCUUUCUUUCUUUCUUUCUUUCUUUCUUCACUUUUCUUCUCUGUCCGUAGCUUUUUUCUUUUCUUACUUAUGUUUUUUCUUCUUCUUCUUCUUCUUCUUCUUCUUCUUCUUCUUCUUCUUCUUCUUCUUCGUUAUAUUUUUCUUUUUUCUUUAUGGUUCCAUGCAUUUUCUAAUCUUUUCGUCUCUUUCCUUCUUUUUUUCUUCUCUUUCCUUCCCUUUUGUUCUCUUCCUCUCUACUAUCGUAUCACCUUGCCUUUCUUAUGGUUUAUUUGCUUUUGUUAUUUUUUCGAUUUUCCUACGCUUUCUUCUCUUUUCUCCUCUUUUCUUCUCUUUCUGUAACAUCGUUUAUUACCACAACAUUUGUUUGCUUCGGUUAUAUUUUCUGUUUCUUUACCUUUUCUUCUCUUUCUUUCUUUUUUCUUCUUCUUCCUUGUCUUUUCUUUUUAACCUGCCAUUCCAUAUCCCCUACUGCCUUUCGAUAUCUUUUCUAUUUCUUUACCUUUUCUUCUCUUUCUUUCUUUCUUUCUUUUUCUUCUUCUUCUUCUUCCUUUCUUUUUUACCCUGCCACCCAUAUCCCCUACUGCCUUUCGUUAUCUUUUCUAUUUCUUUACCUUUUCUUCUCUUUCUUUCUUUCUUUCUUUUUUCUUCUUCUUCUUCUUCCUUUCUUUUUACCCUGCCACUCCAUAUCUCCUACUGCCUUUCGUUAUCUUUUCUAUUUCUUUACCUUUUCUUCUCUUUCUUUCUUUCUUUCUUUCUUUCUUUCUUUCUUUCUUUCUUUCUUUCUUUUUUCUUCUUCUUCUUCUUCCUUUCUUUUUACCCUGCCACUCCAUAUCUCCUACUGCCUUUCGUUAUCUUUUCUAUUUCUUUAUCUUUUCUUCUCUUUCUUUCUUUUUUCUUCUCCUUCCUUGUCUUUUCUUUUUAA